CACACCGCACCGACUACAACCAAUGACGCCGCCAUUGUCACCACCAUCGCUUCUUCCUCUCUUACUUGUAGCUUUCAACAUCUGCUUCUCACUGGCAGCAUCCAAUUCCGUUUAUGAAUCAUUUGUUCAAUGCCUGAAAACCCGUUCUAACUCAUCGGAUAAUAUCUCCGACAUUGUUUACUCUCACUCCAAUGCUACAUAUGAAACCGUUUUGGAACAGUAUAUUCGCAAUGCUCGUUUCAACACUUCUUCAACGCCAAAGCCUGUGAUCAUCAUUACACCUUUGACGGAAUCCCAUGUCUCAGCUGCCGUUAUAUGUUCCAACAAUAUUGGGUUUCAGCUUAGGAUUCGGAGUGGCGGCCAUGAUUUCGAGGGGCUCUCUUAUGUGUCUGACCAACCCUUUUUCAUCCUCGACAUGUUUAAUCUUCGUUCAAUAUCGAUUAACAUGGCGGAUCAAUCAGUUUGGGUUCAGUCCGGUGCAACGCUUGGGGAACUUUACUAUAGGAUUUGGGAAGAGAGUAAAGUUUAUGGAUUCCCUGCUGGGGUUUGCCCCACCGUGGGUGUUGGUGGUCAUAUCAGCGGUGCUGGUUAUGGUAACAUGGUGAGAAAAUAUGGUCUCUCAGUGGACUAUGUGGUGGAUGCCAAGAUAGUUGAUGUUAAUGGCAAUAUCCUUGAUAGAAAAGCUAUGGGGGAGGAUCUCUUUUGGGCUAUCAGAGGUGGCGGAGGAGCUAGUUUCGGGGUGAUUCUAGCUUUCAACAUCAAGCUCGUUGACGUCCCCGAAACGGUGACGGUUUUCAAGCUCGAAAGAACCUUGGAACAAAACGCUACAGAUGUUGUUUACAAAUGGCAAUCCGUUGCUCCCACAACAGAUGACAAUCUGUUCAUGAGGAUGCUGGUGCAGCCAGUUACAUUAAACAAGCAAAAGACCAUCAAGAUUUCAAUCAUGGCAUUGUAUUUAGGGGAUGUCAAUAGUGUUGUUCCUUUGUUGGUUGAGGAUUUCCCUGAAUUGGGUCUUGUAACAGAGGAUUGCUUUGAGAUGAGUUGGAUUGAAUCAGCUCUAUGGUGGGCUAGUUUUGGCAAAGGAACUUCACCUACUGUGUUGCUUGAUAGAGAAUCUUACCAUGUGAAGUUCAUGAAGAGGAAAUCUGAUUACGUGAAGACCCCAAUAUCAAAAGAUGGGCUGCAAUGGCUUUGGAAGAAGAUGAUUGAAUUGGAGGAACCAGGGUUGGUUUUCAAUCCAUAUGGAGGAAAAAUGAAUGAAAUAAAGGAAACAGAGACACCAUUCCCACAUAGAGCAGGGAAUUUGUUUAAGAUACAGUAUUCAAUAAACUGGAAGGAUAUGGGAAUUGAGGCUGACAAAAGGAGCAGAAGCCUGGUGAAUAGGCUUCACAGUUACAUGACCAGCUUUGUGUCUAAAAACCCAAGGAGUGCUUAUUUGAACUAUAGGGACCUUGAUAUUGGCAUCACCAAGAAUUGGAGCUAUCAAGAAGGUAAAGUUUAUGGAGAGAGUUACUUCAAUGGAAAUUUUGAGAGAUUGGUGGAUGUGAAGACAGUAGUGGAUCCGCAUAAUUUCUUUAGGAAUGAACAGAGCAUCCCUCCUCGUACGAUCAAGGCAUGGAACGAAAAAAAUGAAGGGAGCAUUCCACCUAGUACAAGCAAGGCAUGGAACAAAUCAAAACCUUAUGUUAUGAUCAUAUUAUUCAUGGCCAUAGGUCAUAUAAUAUAAUGUUUUCCUAAACUCUUGUCAUUUUUUUUUGUUGAAAACUCGGUAUUUUGCAC